CACACCCUCCCAUUUGGGCUCGCGCUGCUGCCGUUAAGGCGGGAACCGGCGCGAUCGCCAUUCCAGCGCGAACCUCACCAACCACCGUGCGCGCGGAUCCAGAGGCUCGCGCUGGCGGCCUGAGCGAGCUCGCGCCGAGCCCGGAUACUGCGCCUGCGCCGCGGCAGAGGCUCGUCUCUACCGGGUCCGCUCUCCUCCGAUACCCCAGCAACGCCGACUCCUCACCCCUUUGAGCCGCUUGACUAGGGCACUCUUCUGCCCGCUCUUGGCUAGGCCUCGCUGCUCCAGUGCGGCCUUCAGGUCGGUCACCCGCAGCGCCUGAAGAGGCUUCCCGUCCAGAGUCACCUCCUCCAGCUCCGCCAUCUUGCGUGAGGUACUCGGGUCCGUCCCGACGGCUUCGGGCAUCUUCGGUAAUUUCCGCCAACGCCCUUCGAACGUACCGAGAUGACCCCGCCCACUGCCAUACUCUACCCCUCGAUUACCACUCAGCACUCUCCGGCUUCCUCCGGAUGUCCUCGGAUAUUUCCGUCUCCACAUCGGCACCAAUCAAUUCUUUCCAUCCGCCCUGCAGCUCCCCUAUUCUCGCCCUGCUUUCAGGCUCGGUUUUCUUCGUCUUGCCGAAGCUUUGAAUCGAAUAUGUUCGGAAGCCCUCGACUCUGGUAUAACCAUAAUCGGAGAUGUUCGUUUAUCUCCGUACCUGGCGAUGGGGCGCUGGGGCGCUUGGGUGUUUGGGGCGGGUCCGAGGCCGGAAGUGCGUGGGCUGCCGGGCUGGCCCAGCUUAGGGUUUUCAGGAAAUUUGGAAGCUGCAGCCGUAGUUGGAGUCUAAGGACUCCUGACAAUCUUCGGGUGCCCUCCGAGAGAAAAGGGGAGGAUGUCACUGGAGUCAUCCUCUUCAAUGCCGCUAUCCUUCCCAUCUCUCUUACCCUCAGUACCACACAAUACUAACCCUUCCCCUCCUCCGAUGUCUUACAUCACCUCCCAGGAGAUGAAGUGUAUUCUUCACUGGUUUGCCAAUUGGUCAGGUCCCCAGCGUGAACGUUUCCUAGAGGACCUGGUAGCUAAGGCAGUGCCAGAAAAAUUACAGCCACUGCUGGAUAGUCUGGAGCAGCUUAGUGUGUCUGGGGCAGACCGACCGCCUUCUAUCUUUGAGUGCCAGCUACAUCUUUGGGAUCAGUGGUUUCGAGGCUGGGCUGAGCAGGAGCGCAAUGAAUUUGUCAGACAGCUGGAGUUCAGUGAGCCAGACUUCGUGGCAAAGUUUUACCAAGCAGUGGCUGCUACAGCUGGUAAGGACUGAUAGGCUUUCGGACCAAAGAAGAUAACCAUAGCUGAUGGAGCCAAGGCCAUGACUCUAUACAAUGAUAAUUCAAAUGUGUCAUCUAAAACUCUGGAACUGGUAUUCGGACCAGCUGACUGAACUCACUGACCAGUAUAGGCAUGGUUAUUUCAACAGUAAUAGCAUGUCAACUGGACUCCUAUUUGUGAAUAUUAUCAAUCUAAGCAAUCCCGCUUAUCAGUCUACUAGUUUGCUUCUUUCUAAGAGAUGUCAAAUCCUCAAGAAUUUGAUGGCUUCUUCUGCAGCUAUAACCAAAAGGAACCUACACAUUAUAACUCAGGCCCACUGCUGGCUCAUGAAGUGUGUAAAGUAAAACCCUCCUUCCCCAGAAAUAAGACAGGACAAUAAAAGGUGACAUUUUUAUAAUUUACCUGGAUUCCAUUGGCUGGUUUUACCACUCCUAUCAGAUUCUAGUGUAAUUGUAUGAUACCCAAACCAUUAGUUUUCCCAGUGAUGAUUUAAUAAAAUUAUGAAAAAUCAGGA